AUGGCUGCAAAGACUGCUGCUACUGCUGUUUCUUCUUUCACGGCUCCUUCUUCUUCUUCUUCUUCUGAUUGGAAGUAUGGUGUGUUUCUGAGUUUUAGGGGGGAGGACACUCGCAAUAAUUUCACCGGCCAUCUCUAUAAGGCGUUGGACCAAAAGGGAAUCGACACCUUUAUGGACGAUAAGAAGCUUAAAACAAGUGAAGAGAUAUCUCCCACACUUGUUACAGCAAUCCGAAGAUCAAGGUGCUCCAUCAUUGUUCUGUCAGAAAACUAUGCAUCCUCCAAGUGGUGUCUAGAAGAACUUGUGGAGAUACUGGAGUGCAGAAGAACCAAAAACCAGAGGGUGGUGCCCAUUUUCUAUAACGUGGAUCCAUCACAUGUUCGGUACCAAACUAGAAGUUUUGGAGAAGCCUUGUCUAAGCAUGAAAAGAACUUGAAGAUCAAGGAAAAGGUGCUGACGUGGAGGAAGGCUCUAACUCAAGUUGCUAAUUUAUCUGGUUUGCAUUCCUUGAAUAAGCCCGAGGCUCAACUUAUUGAGGAAAUUAUGGUAGAUAUUUCCAAAGAUUUAAAAUGUGUACCUUCAACAGAUACCCAACUUCUAGUAGGAGUGAAUUCUUGCAUAAGGGAACUAGAAUCACUAUUGUGUCUUGAGUCAACUGAUGUUCUCAUGGUAGGGAUUUGGGGUAUGGGUGGUAUAGGUAAGACUACCCUUGCUAGAGCUAUUUAUGAAAAAAAUUCUGACAAAUUUGAAGGUUGUUGUUUUCUUGCCAAUGAUGAUAAAGCUAUUGAGCUCUUUAACCAUUAUGCCUUUAGAAAUGACUCUCCUUCAAGAGAUGUCAUAGAGCUCAUUUAUAGUGCCAUAGCUUACGCUCAAGGCCUUCCAUUGGCCCUUGAAGUUUUAGGUUCUUCUUUGUGUGAGAAAAACAAAGAUGAAUAG